AUGGACGCAAUAGAGUUAGCUCUUCGUAAAUGUCUGCACGUCUUUGUCUCAUCAACUACAGUCACUGAGCGAAAGAGAAAUGUCGAAACAUUCGUUGAAUUACUUAAAGAUAAUCGAAUACAUGAAUUACUUGACAAAGACAUUCAAAAUGAAACUACUGCAAAAAGUUCAAUAACAUGGAAUGAAAUGUUCAAUGUUAUUCGAGAAUAUACAAUCAAUGAAUUAGCCAGUAUUCGAACAAAAUCAACAAAGAAUGUAUCAGCUGAUAUCAAAUAUCAGGAAGCAUUGAAACUAUUUAGAACUCUUAUAGAAAAUGCAAAUACACGUGCUCCUGAACUUGAUGGACGUCCAGUCAUUGAAUCAAUUAUUUCAAUAAUAAUUAGUGAAGCUUGGUCAUCCUGUGCAAUUGUUAUCAAGGAAUUAAGUCAUUUACUAAUUACUAAUGUUCUAUCGUUUCAUAAAUAUGUUAAUGAAUUACGUGAACAAGAAUGGACUGAUUUAUGUAACUUAUAUAUGUCUUUGUCAAAAACUCAAAAUAAAUCAUUUCGUGAAAGUGAUCAAGCCCUCUAUAGUUCAUAUCUAAAAUUUCUUAUAGAGAAAUUCGUUGUUUAUUAUGAUCUUGAUUUAACUAAAUCUUCAAUUCGAAAAGAUCUAUUUGAAUUUUUAAAAGUUGAAAUUGAACAAUUAAAAAAUUCUAAUCAUUUUUCUGUUAUUGAAAAUUUACUCUGUUCACUUAAUUCGUGGUCAUUCAAAUAUUUAUUCGAUAUGCCAGAUGAAGUUUACCAUUUGGGUAAUGAACUUUUACCAUCCCUAAUCGAUAUUUGGAGAAGAAAAUGUAGUGAUAAGCCAAAAACAGAAAUUAUUAAAUUUAGUCGCUUACAAAUGAGUAUUCAUCAUCCUAAUCAUCGACAGUGUAUUACGGAAGUAUCUGAUGAUAUUUGGAUGAAAAAUCUGCGAGAUAUAAAUGAUUUAAUUUUAAGAGAAAUUGAUGAAAUUUGCCAUAAACAACGUUUAAAUAAUCGACAAAAUCAAAAUGAAUUUAUAGUUCGUUUUGAUUUACUUCAUUUAGCAAGUAGCGUUUUUUAUCAGUUUGCUUUAAAUAAAAUUGCAAUUAAAAAUGAACUAGUUGAUAAUGAUAAUGAUGAUGAUGAUGAUGAAACUUUAUUUGAACCCAGUUCAAAACGAGCACGUUAUGAAAAUUCAAUGUGUAUAUCAACAAAUGUGGAUUUACAACUGAAAUAUUUUCAAAAUUUAUUUCAAUCAAUUGAUCCUCAUCAUCAAGCUGUUGGUUUUCAAAUAGUUUCGUUACAACUUGAACGAAAUAUGAUAUUAUCAUCAACAGAUUGUAAUUAUUAUAUAACUGUUAUAAAAAGAUUUCUAACCGAUGAACGAAGACCAUCACUGUUAGUGAAUGCUCUUCGAUGUCUACAUCUUAUUUUGACUAACAUACCGGAUUGUCAAUUAACACCCAAUUUAAUUAUUUUGAUUCAACCAUUAAUUCAUAUCCAAAUAUGUGAAUCCUAUGUAAUAGAAAUUCUAUCGAUUAAAAAUCUAUCUCUUUCAAAUUUAUGUACAUGCUCAUCAAUAACGUCACUUAAAUAUGUGUUUCAUUAUUUAACACUUCAUCCAAGUAAUCAAUAUCUAUUUGAUGAUGAAGAUAAAUUGAUUAAUAAAUUAAUGCCUGAUUUAAUUUCUUUAUAUCGUAAUAAUGAACAUGACUUAUCAAUAUUUUUCGCAUCUUAUUCACCUGAAUACACUCAUAUAUGUGCAUUAAUACUUAUGCAGUUCAACUCAUUUGAUAUAAUACCAAAUAAAUUAUUUAAAACAAAAAAGAAAUCGAGUCAAAAUGAAUUUAGUCAAAUUGAAUUUGAAUGGUCUCGAUUGAAAUUACUUUUUCCAUUUCACGAAGAAGAAGAACAAGAACAAGAAGAACAACAAUUCAAUUUUUGUACAAAACUUCAUACAUGUGAAUUAAAUUUAAAUACCUUUAAACGUAUUUUAGAAAUCUAUGAGAAAAAUGUUCGAUUUAUUCAACAAUUAAAAGAUAAACAUUUAGGUGAACGCAACAAAUUACUACUUCAUUUUGGAUUUCUGGGUAUUAAUAUGCUUCAUGUUCUUCAAAUAUUUUUUACGAAAACAAUACACAAUAAUAUGCAAAUAAUAAGAUUUAUCGAAAUGAUUCAAAUUUUAUUCAGUGAAUUAACUGAAGAGACAAAUUUCUUAUAUACUAAAAAUCAAGAUAUUCCAUUCGUUAAUGAUUUAUUUGAACACAUAAAAAUUUCGAUUUAUUUGAAUUCAUCUUCUAGUUUACUUCAACCCAUAUUACCUUCAUUGAAUAAAAUUCCGUCUAUUCUUUAUGGAUUUCUUGAUGCAAAAUUUCUUUCAUAUCUAUAUAAUUUUGCAACACAAGAAUUAUCUAAAACGAAAUCCAGUGACAUCGAAGGAGUUGAAUGUCCAAUCGAUAGCCUAUCUCAAGAUAAACUACCAUUAAUUCAAACAUUUGAAAUUCUUCUUAGUCUUUGUUUUCAAGCGUUGUACGAUAAGCAAUAUUAUGCAAAUUCAUUUUUAUUACCAUAUUGUUUAAAUUAUCAAUCAAAUAUUAAUUUAUUAAUUCGUAUUCUUGAAGAAAAAAUUUAUUUAUAUCUCGAAGAACUUUCUUUACCAAAUCCAAUAUCAUACCAAUAUUUAAAUAAUUUUUUUUCUCAUUUAUGUUUAAAUCGAUCGCAAUAUUAUUUAAAUAUUCGUCUAAACGAUUUUGAAUAUUUAACAAAUUUUUUUUCUCAAGCAUUUCGUAUUUAUCGUCGUGACAUACUUCUGUGUCAAAGAUUUAUUUAUUUAUUUCAUUUAUUUAUUAAAAUUGUUUAUAGAAAAGUACGAGAAAAAUUAUUUUCCAAUGAAAAUUGGUUACAUCUCAAAAAAAUUAUUGAUGCUUUUUGGCAAAUGACAGUUAAUAAAAAUACUUUAUUAAAUAAUAAUACAAGAAAAUUAAUGAUUCAAAUGAAACAAAUUCUUAUUCAUGAUGAACCAAUAACAUUCGAUGAAAUUCAAAUAAUUUUAAAUGAUUCAUCAUAUUUUAUUCGUUUGGAAGCAACUAAACUAUGUUUAAAUUUAUUUUAUGAGUCGAAUCCAAUGAAUUCUCAAAAUCAAUGUGAACAUAUGGAUGAUGAUGAUGAUGAUCGAUCAAGUUUAGGAAUAUUUCUUGGCUAUAAAGAAAUUUCAAAUGAAUUUGUAUUUAAUAAUCAAUAUUGUUUAAAGUCAUCUAAUGAACAAAAGAAAAUUUAUCAAUGUUUAAUAGAAAAAAGCUGUUCAUCAAUUUUAUUCUUUUAUUAUUUAUCAAAUAUAAGUGAAUAUUUAUCGCGUCAAAUAGCUUUUCACAUUAUUGAAAUUGGAUUAAAAAACUCAAUAUCAAAAACUAUUGUUAAAUAUCUUCUUCGGAAUGUUCCUAUUGAAUCAAUUAUUCAGUAUUGGCGUCAACAAACAUCAUAUAAAAUAAAGGAUUUUCCAUGGGAUGUUCUCAAUACUAACUCUAUUGCACAAUAUCAUUCAUUUCUAUUUUCAACUUAUUUUCUUUCAUCAGUACUACAUCGUCAACAACUUGAUUCUCUAUUUCAUGAUACGAAAUCUUCAUUAAUUGAUUAUUUUCCACAAUUACAAGCAUAUCUUUUACCAUCAUUAGCCAAUAAAAUGAAAGACAAUAGGCAAGCAGAGGAUAAUCGGCAAUUAAUUGAGAAAAUCAUUACUAAAACUGAAUAUAAUCGUUUGAUGAAACAAAAAUUAACAAUGAUUAUUGUAAAUCUUUUGUUAACUUAUUCGAAUAGUGAAGAAAAUGAAUUCUAUGAUAAAUGGUUACCGGAACCAAUCUUACCUGUUUCUACUUGGUCAACAUUAAAAAAUACAUUUGAUUAUAUUAAACAAAUAGUGAAUGCGAAAACAUUUUCAGAACUUUUAAUCAAGUCAACAGAUAUUGGUGAAAUUCUUCAUUGUUUAUCAUCAAAUCUUUUCUCAACGAAUUCUCUUCACGAACAACUUCGUUUACUUAAUGUAUAUUCAUUGUUUCUAACUGAUAUACUUCUGAAGUCUCUGGAUAAUGAUUAUUUACAUAGUAUAUUACGUGAUUCAACUUAUUUAUUAUUACGGUAUAUUGAAAAAACUUUUCAAAACAAAUAUUUUCAAAUUUAUCAACAAGAAUUAAAUAAUAAAAUUCUCAAUAUAAUCUGUAAACUUCUUCAUCAGCUAUGUACAAAAGGCUUUGAAUUUGACUCAUCAAUUUAUCUUCAUCACAUUCCAGAUAUUAUUUCAACAUUAAUUAAUUAUGAUCAAUAUUUGACUAAGAAACGUAUUCAAAACAUUUUUAUCUAUGUUUAUGAAUUUAUUAAGCAUAAUAAUGAUCCAACGUAUAUUUUCAUAUCAUAUACAAUUGAAAAAUUGUAA